AUGCCUGCGCCGGAAGCUGAGGCCUGCACCGCCGCUGUUCUACCCGCCGCUACCGCUCCUGCUGGACCGCCGCUUCAUGUCCCGCCGCCGCCACCGUACCAACUGCCACGCCACAUCACGUCCCGCCACCACCGCUCCAGCUGGACCGCCACAUCACGUCCCGCCGCCGCCACCGCACCUGCUGCCUCCGCCACAUCACGUCCCGCCGCCGCCACCGCACCUGCUGCCCCCGCCACAUCACGUCCCGCCGCCCGCCGUUGGCUCCAUGCACGCAAAUCAAGUUCCUUGUCCGGGCGCGAAAAAAUUGAGUCCGCCAUGUCUUCUGAGGCGGAAAUUAUGUUUAAGAAUUAA